CGACGCUUGGCUGCAAUGGCUGUCGCGUUGUGUGAAAUUGACGAGGACUGUUAUUCCUUCCGGAGAAAACGGAGUUGCUGGCAGAAGGACUGGGUGGGAAGGAAGGAAUUAGGCGUCCAAAAUCUUUUGUACAAAGAGCUCCUCAAAACUGACCACGAAGAAUACCGGAGGCUGCUUCGUGUCAGCAGAGAGCAGUUUCUGCAACUGCUGUCACGCGUGGAAACUCGCAUACAAAAGAAGGAUACAGUGAUGCGCCAAUCUAUAUCGGCAGAAACACGGCUGCAAGUCACGCUGCGGUACCUCGCUUCAGGAGAGAGCCAGCAUUCGCUCAGCUGUCAGUUUAGACUGGGCCAUUCUAGCGUGAAUGACAUUAUUUAUGAAACGUGCCGUGCCAUCUACGAAGAGCUAGGAGGAGACCUUAUAAGAACACCCGGCACCGAAGAAGAGUGGAAAAAUGUAAUGGAAGGCUUCAGUCAGAAAUGGAAUUUCCCGAACUGCAUUGGAGCAAUUGAUGGCAAACACGUGCUCAUAAAGAAGCCGCCGAAAUUGGGAACAAUUUACCGCAACUACAAAAAAAGUUUCAGCGUUAUUCUUCUAGCCGUCGUUGAUGCCGAUUACAAGUUUUUGUAUACUGAUAUUGAAAGACAUAGACAACAAAAAAGCAGGCCUGCCAGAACUUGUAAAGGUGGCUAG